GAGUGUGCGUGCCAGUGGAAAGGUAAGAUGGCGGCGGACGGAGAUGUGAUUCCUGAUCAAGAAAAAGUACGAAUAGUUUCGGACUUUAUACUACAUUCGCCACCAGGCGAAUUCAACGAGGUUUUUAAUGACGUGAGAGUCUUGUUGAACAACGACAACCUGUUGAAGGAGGGUGCGGCUGGGGCAUUUGCUCAAUACAACAAGGAUCAGCUCACGCCUGUUAAGAUCGAAGGAAGCGAGUAUCCUGCCCUUAUAACAGAACACAAUGAUUUAGGUGGGCAAAGGUUUUACGAUGCCCGUAGUAAGCAAAGUUUUAAAUAUGAUCAUCUUAGAAAGGAGGCACAGGACUAUGAACCCUACGAACCAGAUCCUGUAACGGAACCUUGGAGGUCAGCUCUUCAAGAUGAAAUAACAACUUAUACCCAAAGUCACUAUAGACAUGGUGCAUGUUCAGUUUUUGGGAAGAAUCAAGGAGGUAACAUAACAUUAACCGCCUGCAUAGAAGAUCAUCAAUUUCAACCUAAAAAUUUUUGGAAUGGCCGUUGGCGUUCUGUAUGGACUGUAAGUUUUAGUCCAAGUUCUGGAAACGCGGAAUUAAGAGGUAGCCUUAAAGUACAAGUUCAUUACUAUGAAGAUGGAAAUGUGCAGCUGGUCAGUAGCAAAGAAGUAAAAGAAAGCUUACCAAUCUCUAAUGAAAAACAAACAGCGAAGGAGUUAAUACGACUUGUUGAAGAAUCAGAAAAUGACUAUCAAACUGCUAUAUCAGAAAAUUAUCAAACAAUGUCGGAUACAACGUUUAAAGCCUUACGAAGGCAACUACCUGUUAUGCGAACAAAAAUUGACUGGAACAAAAUUGUAUCGUACAGUAUUGGCAAAGAGCUUAAAAGUCAAUAGAAAUAGAUUUUUUUAUAUAAUAUUAAGAGAAAUAAUUAAAAAAGCGCAUUUUGCUGCAUGGGUGAAGUCUGGAGGUGUGAUGUGCAUGGGAGCAAAUGUAAUGAUGCUAUGUAAUGUUUGGUUAAACGUGUUUGACUGAAACUCAUGCAUGCCACUCAAGGUUCCUCUGGACCCCAUAAUGUAUCUCGUUACAGAAACAAAAGCAAUAAAGAGGAAUAUCUUUGUAGCUGUCAACUGCUUACAAAAAAAAGAAAAAAAAAUAACAAAACAAACAGGCAUUUUGAUUACAAUAUUAUUUCUUUUUUAAUUCAUUUUGUAUGUUCUAUAUUAACGAUUUCUAACAAUUCAGAGCACGUAUUUACUUUCUUCUAUUACUUUUAAUGAAUUUUAUCUGUAAAUGCUUUGAUAUGAUGCUAUAUAUAUAUUAGAAUUUACAUACUGUUUAAAAAAUUUGUCAUUAGGAUGAAAACGUCCAUUGUUUUACAGUAUUUAAAAUAAUAUUGAUCUAUGUAUUAAUUUUUAAAUUAAUUGGAUGGGUGUUAUGUUUGCUUAGAAAAUUACUAGUACUUAAUGAUUUAUGCUCUUGAGGUAACGGGAAUUCUUGGUCUUACUUUUUGUAAGCAUUUUAAUUAGAAUUGUAUGUAAAAAAUUGAACUGUAUCAAAUUUGUAACCGAUAGAUAAAAUCAAACGUCAACGAGAAACCUGGAGUGGAAUAUUGGAGUUGAUUAAUGCAUUUAAUGGAUUCAUUCAAAUUUUAUCAAUUAGGUAGUAAUCCAUACUGUUAGCAUCGGGCAGAUAUAAAUUAUUCGAUUUAUAUUUUCAUGGUUUUGUGCAAUAAUUCAGUUUCAGGUUGAACUUUCUGAUGAACUGUAUUUAUUGAAUCUAUCUAUUAUAAUUAAUUAUACGGAUUAUUAUCUUAUUGGUAAUAUGGAUGAAUAUAAUUCUACUCCAUAAGUUUUAUUCAAAUUAUAAUUUUUAUAGUUUGAAGGUGAAACUUCAGACUAAAACAUUUAUUGCCUUUGUUUUAUCUCGUAUUGAAAUCGUGGUGUUAAUAGUCAACAUUAUAUAAAGUUUAGUAUAAGAAAUGUUGCACAGUGGGAAAGAAAUUGCUGUCUAACAUGUGCAUGUUCGGUCAGCCUAAUGAAAUCAUCGAGUUAAAAUACUUGAGUCAGUGAUGAUUAAAAUUUCGAUUCAUUAGUUGCACAAUAAUACAAUUUUUUCUAACACUUAUGUCUUGUAACAUCUAAAAAGCACAACAACACACUUAUUAGUGUAUCUUUAAAUGAACAUUACCACACUGGUUUCAUGCUAUGUGAAAAUAUAAUAGCAUGCUGGGGCCACAGGUAUUAUCAAAAUAUAUAAUGUCAAACUGAAUAGGGAUGUCUAUCAGAAAUUUACAAUCUGGUAAAGAAUACCGUUAAGUGUUCAUACCACUCAGUACACAAAAUAUACAAAGAAAAACGUAAUUCUUAUCAAAUAUCGGUGGGCAAGGCCUACUAUUUUUGUCCAACUUUAUAUUUCAUAAAGUAUAAAUUUAUACAUUUUUGUUAAGACGUAUUGUUUUAUGAUAAGUAUGUCUAUUAUGGCAGAUACGUUGCAAAGUUUAAUAAUACUAAAUAAAAUAAAUGUUAAUCAUUGCAACUUGAUUUCUGUGUUAAUCAUAUUGUAGUUAUAUGAAUCAUUUGUAUCAAGUAACAAUGUUGAAAAAUCUUUUGGUGCUAUCGCUUACCACACAUUACACAACCAGACAUGUAUGCGAAAACGGAAACUAACAAAGUACAUAAUGCAUUGUACAUUGUAGAAUGUAGCCUAUAGCCUGCUGGAGCCUUAAUCUGUUCACUUUACGUUGAGGGGGUAUUAUGUACAUAUGUUAUUUGAAUGAAUGAAUGCGAUGAAGCACACUACCAUUUGACUUUUCAGACUUUAGGAUUCGAAACAUGUUUGUAAUAUUAUUCGUAUUUUGUAAGUUACAUCGUAAUUCAAAAUAUUCUGUUUAAUCGUACGAUUUGAUAACUUUUGGAAGAAAUGUUUAAAAAAAUACAUACAUAACAAUUUAAAUAUAAGAUUAUAAAAUCAUUUUAUUAGUUACGGGAAAAAAGAAGGUUGAAACAAGUAUGCAGGGAUACAAUGCAAAAGUUAAUAUAUUAGCAUUGCAAUAACGAGAUUUUAUAUGUAAAUACGACGAUACAUAUUAUUUGAGCAUUGUAAUUUGUGUUACGUAUGUAAAUUACAAAUCAAGUGUUGAAGUUUCGAAUCUUAUCAAACUUUACAGAAAAUAGUUGCCUAUGAUAAUAAAAUUAGGUAUUACCUACAAUCGAAUGUAUCGUAAAAUAAAACGCAUGUCCUUAUGUAAAAACUUAAACACAGAAUACAUUUAUCAGUUAAAUUAUGUAUUAUUAAAUGUUAUGAUUGAUUAAAUAAAGUGAUACGACACUUUAUACAUUGACUGUCAACUUGAA